CUAACAGAGGUCAGUCGACGGUCGGGACGCGAUUGUCUCGUCAUACAUUAAAAGACCUCGUAGCGGUGAAGGGCUAACGUCACAACUUGUGAAAGUUGCUUGAAUUUGUGUAUAAAAACCGCUAGAUUGAAUUGUUGCGAAAGAAAUCCGAUAUGCUGCGUCUAUUUCUGGUAGCAGCAAUCGUGACUCUGGCGGUCACCGAAGCUGCGCCGACAGAAGAUACGACAAUUUCUUCCGAUGAUGUGCAGCAAGCUACCGAAAAUCUGAAGAAUGCUGAAGAUAUUUUGAAACGUCUCGAUGUGUUGUAUGCGGAAUGGAAUAACAAGCAGAGCAUCGCUGAGUGGAAUUACGCGUCAAAUCUGACAGAAGAGAACCUGGCCGAGAAGCUAAAUGUGUCCGCGGAGGCGGCUCGCGUUAUCAAACAGAUCGCUCAAGAAGUGAACGCUUUCCCAUGGAGAGAUUUGCCGGACGAGGAUGUCAAGAGGCGGUUCAAGAAGCUCAGUAUACUCGGUGCUGCAGCGCUUCCUGAAGACAGUUUCAAAGAAUUCAAGACAACGAUCAGUCAAAUGGAGAACAUCUAUAGCACCGCGAAGAUCUGCGACUACAAAAAUAAAACAAAGUGCGACCUCGCGCUCGAGCCGGAGAUAACGGAAAUUCUGAUGAAGAGUCGCGAUCCUAAAGAGCUGAAACAUAUCUGGGUGGAGUGGAGGAAAGCGUCGGGUGAAAAGAUGAAAUCUCUAUAUACAAAGUAUGUCGAGCUGGCCAACACUGCGGCAAGACUCAAUAACUUUACCGACUACGCCGCGUAUUGGAUGAAGGAUUACGAAGCCGACGAUUUCCCCGAGCAAAUUGAGGCUCUCUGGCAACAAUUGAGACCACUGUAUCUGCAACUUCACGCUUACGUACGACGUGAACUUAGGAAGAAGUAUGGCGAAGACAUCGUCUCCAAGGACGGACCAAUUCCGGCGCACUUGUUAGGCAACACUUGGGCUCAGUCCUGGGCGAAUAUUGCGGACUUCACCGUACCGUUCCCGGGCAAGCAGUUGCCGGACGUUAGCAAUGCUCUGGUUGAACAAGGUUACAACGCGACGAGUAUGUUCCGUCUCGCCGAGAACUUCUUCAAGUCGAUUAACUUGUCCGCCAUGCCGGACACGUUCUGGGAGAGGUCGAUCCUCGAGAAGCAGAAGGACGUAGAUAUGAUUUGCCAUGCAAGCGCGUGGGACUUCUACGACGGCAAAGACUUCAGGAUCAAGCAGUGCACGCGCGUCACCAUGGAGAACUUGCUGACGGCACAUCACGAGAUGGGUCACAUCGAGUAUUACUUGCAAUACAAGAACCAGCCCACGGUUUACAAAGAAGGCGCGAAUCCUGGCUUUCACGAGGCGGUCGGUGAUGUCAUCUCUCUCAGCGUAUCCAUUCCCAGUCAUCUUAAGAAGAUCGGUCUGCUGAACGACGACUCGACUGACCAGGAAGCGAUCCUAAAUCAUCUCUACGCGAAGAGUCUCGAUAAAAUCGCUUUCUUACCGUUCAGUUACAUGAUGGACCGAUGGCGUUGGAAUGUCUUCCAGGGAAAAGUCACACCUGACAAUUACAACUGCGACUGGUGGUCGCUCGCGGAGGAGUAUCAAGGUAUCGAACCUCCGGUAGACAGAUCGGAAGAAGACUUUGAUCCUGGUGCGAAGUACCACAUAAUCGCGGACGUUGAGUAUAUAAGAUACUACGUGAGCUUUGUGAUACAAUUCCAGUUCCACAAAGCUCUGUGCACCGAAGCGAAGCAGUACGAUCCAAAGAACCCGAACGCCAAUCCUCUGCAUCAAUGCGACAUUUACGAGAACAAGGACGCAGGAAAUCUGCUUAAAUCCAUGCUUGAAUUGGGUUUUUCGAAACCGUGGCCGGACGCAAUGGAAAGAAUUGCGGGUCAAAGGCAAAUGGACUCGGCUGGACUUUUGGAGUACUUUAAACCUCUAACCGAUUGGCUGACAGAAGAAAACAAGAGAACUAAUGAGUAUAUUGGAUGGAAACCCAGUUCUAGAAAAUGUGUACAGACAAGAGGAGAGCUUGAAGAUACCACAGAGUCUUCGGAAUAAUUUUUCCGACGCGAAAGAGAAUAAAAUUAUAUAUCUUAGCGCAAGAUUGAAAGAUAACAUACAAGCUCAACUCCUUACCGAAUGCUUAUUGGAAAUCUACAUGUGUACGUACAUAUGGGAUGUAUUGUAUAUAUCAUUGCAUUUUUACGUGCAAUAAAUCUACCAAGUGAUAUAUAAAAAUAAUAUUUCGACUAUGUAAAAACAUCACUUAUCGAAUGAUGAACGAGUAUUCAUACUGUAUUAAUAUUGUGCGAUUCAUGGAUUUUUCUAAAUACAUAUGUGUAAUUUUCCAUUUUAA